AUCAAGCCACCUUGAUUAGUCCCACUGGUUCCAACUGGCACCAAAGCAGACUCCAUGGAGUUGGUUGCACUGGCUCCAGCCACGGCUCCGCAUUUUCAUCCGCCUCAAAGGACCUCUUCGCCCGUGCGAGGCACGGUGCGAGGGCAGACCGAACGCACCCGAAGCAGAUCGACGUGGUCAGCCUCGGUGGCCGCAACAUGGACUGCCGCCACACUACUGCGGAGCCCACGGGCGCGACGUCGUCGCCCUCCGCAUCGACCUGGAUCGCAGGUUGGAAGGAAGGCAACUGGCAGUGACAACCGCUACAAAAGCCUAGAGGCUUUUCUGGAGGCUCAGCGAGAGUCUCCGCCGACCACGGAUCCGUUGGGAGGGCCUUUGACACCGUACAACGACAGCCCUGUGGAUUGGAUCUUCAUCGCCGUUUUUCGUCAGGUGAUGUCUGGUGUGGCAAGCUGGCAGUCCCCGUUGGCCUUCUGGGGCACCGAGGCGUACGACGGCAUGCUGGAGGUUGCCCAUGCACAGCAGUGGGGAAGAACUUUGCAGGAAACAGAGGACUCUGCAUUGUCGGUGAUCGACAACCUGCUUCCAGAGGAGGGAAAGGCACGCUUCCGAUCAGCCUUGAAAGCUGACAAGUUUGGCACAGAGCUGAAUGCCUGGAUCACCGCAGCCUUUUUUCCUUUCAUGGUGGGCAAGUGUGAGGUGGAAGCGAGAAGUCAAGAGGAUCUUGCACAAAUACCAGAGGGAGAGGCUUGGAAUUGUGCGGUGAAGAUCGAAAAGUGCCGAUGGUUGGAAAAGAGUGGAUGUGUGGGCAUGUGUGUUGGUUUGUGCAAGCGGCCUAUGCAACGAAUGUUUGGCGAGGUUUUGGGCAUGCCGCUGUCCAUGGAGCCGAACAUGGAGGACCUCAGUUGCACCAUGGUCUUCGGCAAGAAGCCCGUGGAAUGGCAACAGGACGACCUCCGAGAUCAGCCUUGCUUCAGCACAUGUGCCACUGCUAGGUCGCAAGGCGCCUGUCCGAAAUUGACUUGACAAAAGAGUCACAAA